ACGUCACGUGACCUGCGCCAUGUUUAUUUUCAGCGAAAUGACGGAACUUCAGCUCAAGCGCUAGGAUGUUUGCUUGUCUGCUGUGCUUGUUUCUGCAUUUUACCGCACCCAGAUCGUGGAAAUGGAGUGCCAGUAGGCAGGAUAUUUGUUGGAAUAAACUAAGUUUACCUUAGAACAUCUGCAUAAUACUGUAAAAACCAGAGAAACAUGGGGGAAGAGCUACCGCCGCUGCCGCCGACGACCCGACCGGGGCUGGUUCAUGGAGUGUCGUUUGCCGUGCAGAUAGGAUUUGUGCGAGAAAAUUUUCAGAUUCCCCCAGAGGGAGGUGACCCUUCCAUCCCACUCAUAAAAGAAAUUGUUACCUCAAUGGUUAGACAAAGAUUUCCAGAGCAUGAUUUUUAUGGAGUAUAUGACAAGCUUCUGCUCUUCAAGCACAAUCCAGGUGCGAGCUACUCUCUCACACCCGUAACCUCAGUUAACGAUGUGACGGAGGGUGCCCUCAUUGAGGCCGUAUUAUCAGAUCAAUGGGAUGGUAGCCGAAUGAAUGACCUCGUCAGCCAAAAUUCCUCUGCCUCAGCAACUGUUGAAGACAGACAGAUCCGGCCUCACACUUUAUAUGUCCACUCCUACAAGAGUCCAACGUUUUGUGACUUCUGUGGUCAGAUGCUAUUUGGAUUAGUCAGACAAGGACUGAAAUGUGAUGGGUGUGGGGGAAACUACCACAAACGGUGCGCUUUCAAAAUUCCUAAUGAUUGCACGUUAUCCAAGCGACGGCGCUCUUCCUUAGCGAUCUCCUCCUCCAGUAUUCCUUGGUCUCCAUCAGAGACCAGUUUGUCUAGUGAAGAUUCUCAGCAGCAGCAGCAGCUUGCAGUAUUUGUAACCCACUCCCAGCAGACUCCCCUUGUGAAGAGCGACAGCUACAAGGAACGGCGGUCACCGUCAUGGGGCAACCGGCCACUCUGGGUUGAGCGGGCAGUAGCCAGUCGCAUCAAGGUGCCCCAUACUUUUGUUGUGCACAAUUACACCAAGCCAACCAUCUGCCAGUACUGCAAAAGGCUUCUGGUUGGGCUAUUCCGUCAGGGACUUCAAUGCAAAGAUUGUAAAUUCAACUGCCACAAAAGAUGUGCUGACAAGGUCCCGAAAGACUGUUUAGGGGAAACACCGCUACAAGAAGGAGACAAUGAUGAUCAGGAGAGGCUGAUUGAGAGCGAUGAGAACGAGGCUGAGGAGAAUGAAAAUGGAUCAAACAGGGACAGUAUUGGAGAUGAGACACUGCCAGACUCCCCAGUCAAUGAAAAUCCACUCAGCCCUGUUCAAAGCAACAACAUUCCACUCAUGCGUAUUGUGCAGUCUGUGAAACACACUAAACGAAGAGGAUCUCAAGUCCUGAAGGAGGGAUGGAUGGUCCAUUACACAGACAAGGAUAGCAUGCGCAAGAGACAUUACUGGAGAAUAGACACAAAAGCUAUUACUCUGUACCAGAGCGAGAGUAGCACCAGAUAUUACAAGGAAAUUCCACUGUCAGAAAUCCUGUCUGUUAGGAUGGUGAAGCCUUCCCAGGAUGGGAGCGGUAGCGGUAGCAGCAGUAGCGGUAUGGGCAUCUCGAGCCUCGUAGGGGGCGACGGAUUCACAUCCCACUGCUUUGAGAUACAGACUGCCAAGACAACUUACUAUGUAGGUGAGAGGACCUCGCUAGGGGACAGCAGCUCAGAGAAGGGGUCGGGAGGCAGUACAACCUCCAGCUCUAAACUGCCAGUACCGUCGAGCUCUUCGGUGGACGAGGAGCCUGAACAGAGCUGGGUUGGGGUGGAGGUUGCCAGAGAAUGGGAGCAGAAGAUCCGACAGGCACUCAUGCCUGUUACCCCUCAGCAAAGUGCCACUAGCAUCACUAGCACUUCUAGUCCAAGAAAUGAUUCUGUAAUACAAAUUCCCAGAGGUUAUAACCCCCAUCGUCAUCAAGAACGCAAAGAAGGUCCAGUUAAUGCUACAGAGAACGGGGAUGAUUUCCCGGCCAAGGCCACAGAGCCAUCUUUUCUCAACAAGAGAGAAAAUAAUGACAUCAGUCAACACUACCAGAUCUUCCCAGAUGAAAUCUUGGGGUCAGGACAAUUUGGAAUUGUUUAUGGGGGUGUACAUAGAACCUCAGGGAGGCAAGUGGCAAUCAAGGUUAUUGACAAGUUUCGCUUUCCAACCAAACAAGAAACACAACUCAAGAAUGAAGUGGCCAUCUUACAUAAAGUACGUCAUCCUGGUGUAGUGAACCUAGAGCAGAUGUUUGAGACUCCAGAGCGUGUGUUUGUUGUGAUGGAGAAGCUCAAGGGUGACAUGUUAGAGAUGAUCCUCUCCAGUGUCCACGGCAGAUUAUUUGAGAGGGUCACAAGGUUCCUCAUAUCCCAGAUCUUGAUUGCUCUGAAGUAUCUUCAUUCUAAGAGUAUUGUACAUUGUGACCUCAAGCCAGAAAAUGUUCUACUCUCAUCAGAUGGCGAUUUCCCUCAGGUGAAACUGUGUGACUUUGGUUUUGCUCGUAUCAUCGGUGAGAAAUCAUUCCGUCGCUCGGUGGUUGGCACCCCAGCCUACCUGGCCCCAGAGGUUCUUAGGAGUAAGGGCUACAAUCGCUCACUAGAUAUGUGGUCUGUUGGUGUCAUUGUCUACGUCAGCUUGAGUGGUACCUUUCCGUUCAACGAAGAUGAAGAGAUCACGGAUCAGAUCCACAAUGCAGCGUUCAUGUUCCCACCCAACCCAUGGAACGAUAUAUCAGAGGGAGCCAUUGAUCUCAUACGGAAUCUCCUACAAGUCAAGAUAAGGAAACGCUACACAGCUGACAAAUCUUUAGCGCAUCCUUGGUUACAGGACUAUCAAGUAUGGCUUGAUCUACGAGACCUGGAAACGAUGGUCGGCCAGCGGUACCUGACCCACGAAAGCGACGACGAGCGAUGGGAUGCCUACCAACAGGCUCAGAUGGGUGCAGGCAAUGACCCUGCAUCAGGCGGCAAUUCCUCGGACAGUAACUCGACCCACCUACAACUGAGUCCCGUUAGGCACAUGGACCGUGUUAGCACGCUGUGAUCAUCUGAGGAACCAAAGCCAAGCUUAGUGUUGGGAGAGGACCAGUGUGCCACACCGUGUUCCCUAACCAAUUUCACUUUCAGUCAUUAAACAGGAAUACAAGACUAGUCCCUUUUAUGUGUGGAACGAAAGCCCUUUACAGUGAGUCCAUCAUACACUUUCAAGUAGAGCAGUGAUGCUCUGUCCAAAUCAUGUACCCUAACGCUUACACAUCAGGACGGAUGUAGACCC